CGGCUGGAGGCAUUUUGCCCUGGUUCAACUUGGAGGUAAAGAAAUGUAUGGUAAAAAUAAAAGUAAGCAAACCCCCCAGUCCUUAGAUUUGAAGUAAUCCAGUUAUGAUGUCUAUAAUGUAAAUAUAACUAUAAAAUCUGUGACUUUAAAAAUAACUGGCUGCCAGAGUUAUCAGUGAGGACGAGAGAGAGCAGGAUAAGCUGUUCCUCCUUCAGCUGGCAGAGUUUAGUCUCCUACUUUAGCAUUAGUUUCCAUAAAAUACAGUGUUAGUGUAGAGCUUUAGCAUUAGCAGAACUAAUGUUUAUGAUUUGUGCUUUUAGCUAACUUUUUAGCUAGCGGUGCCCAAAACAAGCGCCAGUGUUGCUUAACCUUUUAAUUUUGAUCAAGAAAGAUGUUUUAUCUCUGAGUGAAGUUUGGUGUUGAAAUAUUUAGCUGGAUUGAGUGCAGUUUGAAGGAGGAGCUCAGCUUGUCCUGUGACAUCCAAUCAGAGCAGCUAGUAGCUCUGAUAAACCUUUAGGACCUCUGCUGCCCAUCAGUCUGUCACUCCGACCCGGACCGACAUGCUGAGGCUGCUGCUCCUGCUGCUGUCCACAUGGACGGGCUCAGCGAUGGUCAGGGUUCCCUUGAGGCGGGUUCCCUCCAUCCGUGCUCAGCUGAGAACUCAGGGUCUGCUGGAGAACUUCUUGAAGGACCACAGGCCGGACAUGUUUAACCGCCGCUAUGCUCAGUGCUUCCCACCCGGAACGCCGUCCCUCCGACUCAGACGCUCCAGUGAGAAGAUCUACAACUUUAUGGAUGCUCAGUAUUACGGUGAAAUCAGCGUGGGGACUCCGCCGCAGAACUUCUCUGUGAUUUUUGACACCGGAUCGGCCGACCUCUGGGUCCCGUCAUCGUACUGCGUCAGCCAGGCCUGUGCAUUGCACCGACGUUUCAAGGCCUUCGAAUCCACAACUUUCCACCAUGACGGACGGAUAUUUGGGAUCCACUACGGAUCGGGACACCUGAUGGGAGUAAUGGGUAGAGACACAGUGCAGAUCGGGGAAAUGACCAUCUUGAACCAAGAGUUUGGCGAAUCCGUGUACGAACCAGGUUCUGCUUUUGUGACGGCAAAGUUUGAUGGCGUUCUCGGACUGGCCUACCAAUCAUUGGCAGAGAUCAUGGGAAAUCCCGUCUUUGACAACAUGCUGGCGCAGAAGAUAGUGGACCAGCCGGUAUUCUCCUUCUACCUCAGCAGGAGAACGAGGACCAGCAAUCCAGAAGGAGAACUGCUGCUGGGAGGAAUAGAUGAAGCGAUGUACAACAGACCAAUCAACUGGCUGCCUGUCACUGCAAAAGGAUACUGGCAGAUUAAGAUGGAAAGUGUGGCGGUGCAAGGCGUGAGCUCCUUCUGUAGCCGUGGAUGUCAUGCCAUCAUUGAUACUGGAACCUCCCUAAUUGGGGGACCGACCAAUGAGAUCCUGAGUCUGCAGCAGCUGCUUGGAGCCACGCCCACAAAUGUCGGAGAGUUUCUCAUCGAUUGUGCCCGAUUGUCCAGUUUGCCUCACGUCACAUUCAUCCUGGGUGGGAAGGAAUACACGCUGACAGCAGAGCAUUAUGUUAGGAGGGAGGCGUAUGGCAACAAGGAUCUGUGUUUCAGCGGCUUCGAGGCCAUUGACAUCAUUUCCCCUGAAGGCCCGCUGUGGAUUCUGGGAGAUGUAUUUCUGACUGAGUACUACAGCAUCUUCGACAGAGGACUGGACCGAAUCGGGCUUGCCCAUGCCAGACACCCCACCGGAUGAUGAGUACUUCCUCUGGCACGAGGAGAUAAUAACUUUUU